GUCACUGGAACUGCCCUUGUACUUGUGACCUGUCCUGUACUCAGCAGUUUUUGUUCUGGGAAGCCCUGGGAUUCUGCUAAUACCUAUCACUGUAGGUGCUGAAUGGAAACAGAUAAAGAACAUGACCUCAGGGAGCUUCUUGUCAAUGAGAAGACCAAGCUGAUGCCUGGCAAAGAUAUUAAAGAAGAGCCUGAAACGGUUCCUUGGACAUCUUAUGAAUGUCAGAAAAUAUCUUUUGGAGGGUUAGAAGAUCAGGAGACAUGGUUGUUCACAUUGGCUGCCAUGGUAUACGGCCAGUCUUCACUUGGAAACAGAAUCACACCUUGUGGAGAGAUCAUCCCUAAGCAGGAGAGAAGCUAUUAAGGGGCUUCCUGGUCUUCAUCGGACAGUGACAUUUGUUUGGGAGUCCAAACAAAAUAUGAAAGAGCUGUAAUACUUCCUGUAUUGUAUUUCAAAGAUCUAUCAGAAAUUCCAGACCCCAGAGAAGAGCUACAUUCUAGGGUGGUAAGGCAUGAGAAGAAGAAUGAGGAAUGAAGGGUGGGUGGGGACUUGCUCUUACUAAUGACACUCCAUGGCAGCAGGGGCUCAGUUCUUUCUUUUCUCCUGGGGUGUGGAGGUGGAGCCAGAUCCAGACCUUAGUGUGGUCAGCUAGUUUGUAAGGUCAGGUUACAGAUCUCCCGGUUACAGAUUUCUUACAACGAACCAGAUGUAAGGGGUUUCUAGGCAGGUCUUUACUAAGGAUACUUGUCCAGGAUCGUGUUCUCCUCUUCCUUCCCUGUGCUCAAUCUCCACCUGUCUACCCUUCCGUGACAAUGGUUCAGUGGAAGAGACUCUGCCGGCAGCAUUACUUGUGGGCCCUGGGCUGCUAUGUGCUGCUGGUCAUUGUGGCUCUGAAACUUUCUUUAAGGUUGCAGUGUGGCUCUGACUACUUGGGUCUGGAGUCCAGGGAAUUUCAAAGCCAGUACUGUAGGAAUAUCUUGUAUAAUUCCCUGAAACUGCCAGCAAAGAGGUCUAUCAACUGUUCAGGGAUCACCCGAGGGGACCCAGAAGCCGUGUUUCACGCUCUUCUGAAUAACCUGGAGGUCAAGAAGAAGCGGGAACCUUUUACAGACACCCACUAUCUCUCCCUCACCAGAGACUGUGAACGCUUCAAGGCGGAAAGGAAGUUCAUACAGUUCCCACUGAGCAAAGAAGAGGUGGAGUUCCCUAUUGCGUACUCUAUGGUGAUUCAUGAGAAGAUUGAAAACUUUGAAAGGCUACUGCGAGCUGUGUAUGCCCCUCAGAACAUAUACUGCAUCCACGUGGAUGAGAAGUCCCCAGAAACUUUCAAAGAGGCAGUCAAAGCAAUUAUUUCAUGCUUCCCAAAUGUCUUCAUAGCCAGUAAGCUGGUUCGGGUGAUUUAUGCCUCCUGGUCCAGGGUGCAAGCUGACCUCAACUGCAUGGAAGACUUGCUCCAGAGCUCAGUGCCAUGGAAAUACUUCCUGAAUACAUGCGGGACGGACUUUCCUCUAAAGAGCAAUGCCGAGAUGGUCCAGGCUCUCAAGAUGUUGAAUGGGAGGAAUAGCAUGGAGACAGAGGUACCUUCUAAGCACAAACAAACCCGCUGGGAAUAUCACUUUGAGGUAGUGGGAGACACAGUACACCUGACCAACAAGAAGAAGGAUCCUCCCCCUUAUAAUGUAACUAUGUUUACAGGGAAUGCGUAUAUUGUGGCUUCCCGAGAUUUUGUCCAACAUGUUUUGAAGAACCCUAAAUCCCAACAACUGAUUGAAUGGGUAAAAGACACCUACAGCCCUGAUGAACACCUCUGGGCCACCCUUCAGCGUGCACGGUGGAUGCCUGGCUCUGUUCCCAGCCACCCCAAGUAUGACAUCUCAGACCUGACUUCUAUUGCCAGGCUGGUAAAAUGGCAGGGUCAUGAGGGAGACAUCGAUAAGGGUGCUCCUUAUGGCCCUUGCUCUGGAAUCCACCAGCGGGCUAUCUGUGUUUAUGGGGCUGGGGACUUGCAUUGGAUGCUUCAAAACCAUCACUUGUUGGCCAACAAGUUUGACCCAAAGGUAGAUGAUAAUGCUCUUCAGUGCUUAGAAGAGUACCUACGUUAUAAGACCAUCUAUGGGACUGAACUUUGAGACACACUAUGGGAGCAUUGCUACCUGUGGGGCAAGAGCAUGUACAAACAUGCUCAGAACUUGCUGGGACAGUGCAGGUGGGAGACCAGGGCUUUGCAAUUCGUGGCAUCCCUUAUGAUAAGGGAUCUGCCGUUAGAGUGUGGGUAAGGAGAUCUGUUGCCUUAAAUUGCUGCCUGGGUGAAUGCUGCUUUUUCUGUUUACCCCAACACUAGUAGUUCCUUCAUUGACUUUCUUACCGAGUGAGAAUGAGAACUUCUGUGAUUGCGAGAGUGA